AUGUCUAGAGCAAUAUCUUCAACAAGAGUUUUAAUAGAUGAUCAAAUAACACCAGGAACUAUCAUAUAUUCAAUUGAAACAGGUAAAAUACUAGAUAUAUAUAAAGAAAUUCUACAACCGGGAGAUCCUAUAUUAAAAAGAUAUGAUGUUUUAUCAAUAGAUUAUAGAAAUGUUUCACCAGCAGUUGUUAUGCCUGGAUUAGUUGAUGCUCAUGUACAUUUAAAUGAACCAGGAAGAACAGAAUGGGAAGGAUUUGAAACUGGAACAAAAGCAGCAGCUUCAGGAGGAGUAACAACAGUAAUUGAUAUGCCAUUAAAUGCAAUACCACCAACAACCACUGUACAAAAUUUUAAUAUUAAAAUAAAUGCUGCUAAAAAUCAAUGUUGGGUAGAUGUUGGAUUUUGGGGUGGAUUAAUACCAACAAAUUUAUUAGAUUUAAAACCAUUAAUUAAAAUGGGAGUUAGAGGGUUUAAAGCAUUUAUGAUUGAAAGUGGUGUUGAAGAAUUUCCUGCAAUAACUCCAAAGAUAAUACUUGAUGCUAUGAAGAUUGUUAAAAAUGAAAAGACAUUGUUGAUGUUUCAUGCUGAAAUGCAACCUAAAGAACAUAGAGUAGAGUUUGAACUCUCCGGUGAUGAAGAAGAGGAACAAAAUUUAGUAGUUACAGUUGAAGAUGCAUUAAUGAAUACGAAUUUCGAUUUAGGAAUGUCAGCAUCAUUCAUAAAUAGAGCUCCUAAAAAAGUUGUUAAACUCUUGGAGAAUGAUCAUGGAGAUUAUAAACAUGAACAUGAAAAUUGUCAUUUACCUCAUAAUCAUGCAGGAUCAAUGGAUCAAAAAGUUUUAACUGAUGCUCAAGCAAGAGCUUUAGCUCAUACUCCUAUACUAGCAGGUGCAGAACCAACAUAUGGUAAAAAUGCCAUGAAAGUAAAUAAACAUGAACCAUGGGAAGAUGAUACAAAAGUUAGUACUCCUUUGCUUUUGGCUGCACAAAAGGAUGCUACUUUAAAAAAUAUAGAUCCAACAUCAUAUGCUUCUUUUUUAGCAUCAAGACCUGAUAAUUUUGAAACUACAGCAAUUGCAGAAAUAAUAAAUUGUUCUACUUUGAUACCCAAUGUACCAUUACAUAUUGUUCAUUUAGCUACUCACGAAGCUAUUCCAUUACUUAGAGCUGCAAAAGCUAAAAAUUUACCAAUCACCGCAGAAACAUGUUUCCAUUACUUAAGUUUAUGUGCUGAAAAAAUAGAAAAUUGUCAUACUCAUUUUAAAUGUUGUCCACCGAUAAGAACAGACGACAACCGAAAAUUAUUAUGGAAAGCUUUAAGAAAUGAUAUAAUAACAACAGUUGUAAGUGAUCAUUCUCCAUGUACACCUGAUUUAAAAGGUUUAGAAAAAGGUGAUUUCUUUGAAGCUUGGGGUGGUAUAUCAAGUGUUGGAUUUGGUUUACCUAUAUUAUAUACAGAAGGUCUUAAAUUAAACCCUCCAAUAAGUCUUGAAGAAAUUAAUAAAUGGUGUUCUAAAAAUACAGCAAAACAAGUUGGAUUAGAUCAUAGAAAAGGUUCAUUUAAAAUUGGUUAUGAUGCGGAUAUUUGUGUAUUUGAUACUGAUUCCCAAUUUAAAAUUGAAAAUAAACAAGUAUAUUUUAAAAAUAAAUUAACAGCUUAUGAUGGUAUGGAAUUUAAAGGGAAAGUUUUAGAAACUUUAGUAAGAGGUAAAACUGUAUAUGCAUUAGGUAAAGGUCAUUCAAAUUUCCCAUUAGGAGAUUUGAUAUUGGAACCAAGGAGGUAA